GUGCACGUGAUCUGACAUCAGACAUAAACAUAAUUAGAUGACAUAUAACGUUAUAAGCAGGGAAAUGCUGACAUCACCACGAUGUCAUUCACGUGAGAGUCAGUCAUCUGACCUCAUUCUGCAGAGUUAUGCACAUCCAUCACAUACCUGAUGAUUAACCACUUCACAAGAUCUACAUAUGCAGAUGGACUCCCGUCCAUGACAUCACCAAUUCCCCCCCGGAGAGUCAAUAACUAAGCACUGAUCGAAAUAUAAAACAAAUGUAACAUCCAUCCCUUGCAGCAACAUUCCUGAAUCAUACACUCAGACGUUCAUCACAUUUCUCUCACUUUACACACGAAACAAUUGAACACCAAUAACAUAUAAUCACCAUGGACAAACUCUCCGGUCUCGCCUCGAAGCUCAGUGGUGGCAACAAGUCUGGUGGUGACGCGCAGGCCUCGGGCUCGAGCGGAAACCAGGGCCAGGAGGAUUACCUUGAUAAGGGUCUCGACUCGGUCGAACAGAAGUUCGGUGGUGGCAAGAUCGAUCCUCAGAAGAUGCGCUCCACGAAUGAGAAAAUCACGGAUACGGCGAGGAAUCAGUUUGAGAGUGCUACUGGAAAGAAAGUCCCCGAGAAGUUUUCCAAUUAG